GUCCUUACAAUCAUGGCGAAAACCAACUGAAAACUUGGGCAACCGGAACGUUUUCCUUUCUUAUUUAUCUUUCCUUUCAUAAAGGUUCACUGAAAGUUGUUGUACUCAAUGACAACCAUGGUUUCAGGAUGGAAGUCGAGUAUUUCUGGUCCUAUUCCACCGCAUCCAUACUAUGACUCCAAGAGCCAAUCGGAGUACAUCCACAUGCCUCCACAAAGGAUAAAGGGCGAGGAAGGUUCAGCCAUUGCCACCCAUGGCCACAAAGGGACAGUAUCUGUGUUACUUUCUCUUGAAGGUCAGGGGGUACGGCCAUCAAGUGCCAGAACAAAACCUCCGCCGAAAGACCACAUGAAAGAAAACUGGCGCCGUAUGCGUCAGAUUCAGAAAGUCAGCAAGGAACGUGAAGCUGAUAAGGAACAGAAACAACCUGUGCCAGUGAAAGCGCUGUGGAAAUCAGAAAAAUACAGUGAUGUUCCUUCCAGAGUUGCUGAAAAUAUUGUGCACACACCAGGAGCACCUCGGCCAGAAUCAAGAAAUUUUUUACGUGCCCAUUCACGAUCUGGUCCAUCAAGGCCGCCAUCUCCAGCAGAUGGCGGGACGACUCCACGUCCCCGAUCAGCCUCGUCUGUGACAUCAUCGAUCCCGUCUGCCUCCAGUGCAAGCGAUGUCGAAUUGAUUCGGCGAGACAUUGACUUCAUCCGAGUAAAUGGUAAGAGUGUAAAACAUGCAGGUAUGCGCCGAUCACCGAGCGCAUCCAUGUUGGACGAUCUAAAGAAAAAGCAGGAAGACGAAAUGGAAACGUAUAGGAAGGGAGUAGUCCCAAAAUACUUGGAUAAGCGACAAAGGGAGUGGAAAGCUGAAGAAGUGCGUCGCAUUGCCGAGGCCCCUGAUCCAGAUUGUCCUCCCGGCCACAAGAAGAUGCCGAAUGAAGAGAGGAAGAAGACACUCGACCUUCUCAAAGAAAGUGAGGAGAAGCUGAUUGAACAAAUGAAUCAUUUACCGGUUCACAACGACACUCUCAGGGUCAGAAUGAAGAAACAGGAACUCGAUGCCAAACUCGCUGAGAUUGAGGAGGCAUUAAAGAUCUUUACGAGACCCAAGGUCUUUGUGAAGGUGGACAGUUAGAAUACAAGUACUUACUAUGACAGUUGCAAACAGUUCUCAUGGAUACCCUUUCUCUCUCAGGCACAUUCGGGACUGGUAUAACAAACUGGCUUUAGGUUCUUUAUAUGGCUAUACUGUGCUUGCUGAUCCAGUCGGCAUAAGCGCUAUAGAGUCCCAACUCCAAGUUAGAUUGAGUCUUGCCUCAGUUUAAUGAUGGCCUGUGUGAUUGAAAAUUGUUAAUUUUGUAGACAGCCAUUUAAAUUCUAAGCCAGACUGUUCCUUGGCAAAUGAUCAACUGCUGGUUGUUUUUCUAGUUCUCUGUCAUGUAGGUAUUGAGAAAUUAAGAUUGAAAAAAACCUAUAAUGUGCCUUCUCAUACACAUAUUUCUGUGAAGUAGUAGAUUUCUUUGAGGCAGUGAUUGAUAUGGGAUGUAAGACAACAUAUGAAUGAAUAUUGUAACAUUAUUCAUAGUCAAAUGUCGUUCCACUCCGAGUAGAUAAUGUGCAUUCUGUCUCAAUUACGUCUUUCUUAAAGGGGGACUAUAGGCAGGAGCUGAGGGGCUAAUUUGGCCAUCUUUUGGUGACUGACGUACACAGUAAGGGCCCUGGGUCAUGUUAGAUUCAGCACUAGAUAUAUUCCUCGUACAAACAUGAAUCAUUUCAACCUACUGUGAGAUGUGAGAGACCCCUAUUGGCGUCUUUGUGUAUUUUUACCUUGCCUGCCUAGCUGCUGCCUAUAUUAUCCCUUUAAGCUAAGUGUACAAUAUAUCUGGGCCAAGAAGUAAAGACAGAAAAGCUAUAACACCACAGAAUAUAUAGAUGUCUGAGCUUUAUAUUAUGUAGAUGUCUGAAGUUUUUUUGUACAUAACUAUAGAUAUGUAAUUGUCUGAACUUUUGAUAUGUGUGAGCUUUGUCAAUUUUGCAUAAGUGGUGAAACGCACAUGGCACUUUGCUUUAUUUCUCAGAAUCCGGAACAACUCCAGUUGCCUAAGAGGAGACUGGGAAAAGUUAGCCUGACAUUCACUCUUGGAUCCCCACAUCUGAGGUAGGCCUACAUAACGAAAGUAUACAAUCUUGCUCAUGUAGCGUAAUGCAGUUCUAAAAAUAUUUAAUUGGCUUUCAAAAUUACAUGUGUGAAAAUACUGAGACAGUCUUGCAUAUAAAUGCAUCGUCCUGGUGUCUGCAAAUCAAAAUAAUCAUUUGAUUUUGAGGAUCAUUGUUCACUCACCAAACUCAACAUAUCUCGUUCUGGAUGGGUUCUUGAUGAAUGAGGGACUUAAUUACCAGAGGAUGGCAGUAAUAGUUAGCAGUCCAAUACAAUCAAUGAAUAACUUAUUCAAAAUAUCUGUGUGCUGCAAGGAGAGCUAAAGUUUGCAUUUUAAAAUUUGCCUGUCUGACUGCUUUUAAUUUGUAUCUUCAGCGACAUGCAAUAUAAUACAGAUUGUAUUGUAUUUGUACUAAUACAGAAUGUAUUUUUGAACCUCACUCAACCAGUAAAGAUCCUGUGUAUGUAACGUUUAUUGGUAAACUCCUGUAUGUAUUUUUGAACCCACCAUGUCUGUAGAAGCCCUGUGAAUAAUGAAAUUGUAUGAAAAUGUUUUUUUUAGAAUCUCUGGUAGAUUUUACACGUCCAAUGUACAUAUCGUCUUAAAAUACAAUCCUUAUAGUUAAAGCA